AGACCCCCAAAGCCAGGCUGACGUGGAAGAAAAUGAAUUCCCCAGAGGAUCAGGCCUAUGAUCUCCUGAACACAUAUGCAAAUGGCUUCAUGGUCUCCCAGGUUCUCUUUGCCGCCUGCGAGCUGGGAGUGUUCGACCUUCUCGCCGAGGCCCUGGAGCCCCUGGACUCGGCUGCGGUAGCUGCACGUCUGGGCACCAGCUCCCAUGGGACGGAGCUCCUGCUGGACACCUGUGUGUCCCUGAAGCUGCUUCGAGUGGAAAUGAGGGAAGGAAAAGCUUUCUAUGGAAACACAGAGCUGUCCAGCACCUACCUGGCCAGGGCCAGUCCCACGUCCCAGCGCAACAUGCUACUCUACAUGGCCAGGACCACCUACCUGUGCUGGGCCCACCUGGCCGAGGCUGUGAGAGAAGGGAAGAACCAGUAUCUGAAGGCGUUCGGCGUUCCCUCCGAAGAGCUCUUUACGGCCAUCUACAGGUCCGAGGGCGAGCGGCUGCAGUUCAUGCGUGGUCUGCAGGACGUCUGGAGCGUCAACGGGAGGAGUGUGUUGGCUGCCUUUGACCUGUCUCCAUUCCCUCUCAUCUGCGACCUCGGUGGCUGUUCCGGGGCUCUGGCCAAGGAGUGCGUUUCCCUGUACCCUGGAUGUCAGGUCACCGUUUUCGACAUCCCGGAAGUGGUCCAGACGGCAAAGAAGCACUUCCCAUUCCUGGAGGAAGAACGGAUCAGCUUCCGUGAAGGGGAUUUCUUUAAGGACCCGCUCCCAGAGGCGGAUCUGUACAUCCUGGCCAGGGUCCUGCACGACUGGAGCGAUGAGAAGUGCUCCCAGCUGCUGGCCAGAAUCCAUCAGGCGUGCAAGCCAGGAGGCGGCGUCCUGGUGAUCGAGACCCUCCUGGACGCGGACGGGCGGGGGCCGCUGACCGCGCAGCUGUACUCGCUGAACAUGCUGGUGCAGACGGAGGGCCGGGAGCGCAGCGCCGCCCAGUACCGCGCGCUGCUGGCGCGCGCCGGCUUCCGCGACCCCCGGAGCCGGGGGACCCCGGGGCGGUACCGCGCCCUGCUCGCCAGGGCGCACCCGCCCGCCGCCGCCGCGCUGACCUGGCGGCCCCCGCACGGCGGCCCUGUCCUGGUCGCUGUACUCCAGUGCGGUCUAAUUUAA